AUGUACGGCACUACAGGAACAACCACUGGGGUCUCUACCCCUCAUUCUGCAUCCUCUCUGCGCCCCCUCGUGCUCACCCAUGGUUCUUUGGAACAUGCCCUCCUCGUUCCAACAGCCCUCCACUACCAUGCAUCUGAGCUUCGUCAGCGAUUCUCUACUCAUUUGCCUAACCCCACAGAUGAAUUGGCUCUCGAUGACGAGCCAUCAUCCGUGCCCGAAUUGCUUGCCCGCUUCUUGGGAUACGUUACACAGCAGGUUCUUGAGGGCGAGGAUGAUGCUCAGGGAACCUACGAAGAUGUCCUGCGACUUGUAUUGAGCGAGUUUGAAUCUCGUUUCCUGAGAGGAAAUGAAGUUCACGCUGUGGCCGCUCAAUUACCCGGUAUUCCAUCAAAAAGACUUGAUGUCGUGAAGCAUUACUAUGCUGCCCGUCAGGCUACAAACCGCCCAAUCAAGGCCCACGAAUCGGCCCUUUUCCGCGCCGUUACUGAUGGAAAGGCUGGUAUCUAUGCCGUCUUCGGUGGCCAGGGAAACAUUGAGGAGUACUUUGACGAGCUCCGGGAGUUGCACAAUGUUUAUGGCGGAUUGGUUGAAGAGUUUUUGAUCUCUUGCGCCCAUGUAUUGAGCUCCUUGUCACGGGAUCCCAAGGCGGCAAAGGUAUACUCGAAAGGAUUGGAUGUUAUGAGGUGGCUACAGGAUGAAGAUGCCACGCCGGACCUCACAUAUCUUGUUUCUGCGCCAGUUUCAUUUCCCUUGAUUGGGCUGGUCCAAUUGGCGCAUUAUUUCGUUACUUGUAAGAUUCUUGGAAAAGAGCCGGGCGAACUGCGAGAAAGAUUUUCUGGUACCACUGGUCACUCGCAGGGUGUCAUUAUGGCUGCUGCAAUCGCCUCAUCAUCAUCCUGGGAAUCAUUUUACCAGGUCGCACACGAUUCCUUGACGGUUCUAUUCUGGAUUGGGUGUCGUUCGCAGCAAACAUACCCCCGUACAUCACUCGCCCCCAACGUUCUCCAGGACUCAAUCAAUGCAGGUGAAGGCACACCUUCUCCCAUGUUGUCUGUCCGAGAUCUUUCACAAGCUCAGGUACAACAACAUGUGGAUACUACAAAUCACCAUUUACCCUCAGACAGGCACAUUCACAUCUCGCUGAUCAAUGGCGCCCGAAACGUCGUUGUUACUGGUCCCCCACAAUCUCUCUAUGGUCUCAACCUGAGUCUCAGGAAGGUGAAGGCGCCGACCGGCCUGGAUCAGAACCGAGUUCCAUUCACCGAGAGGAAGGUUCGAUUCACCAACCGAUUUCUGCCCAUUUCUGCGCCUUUCCAUUCACCAUACUUGGAGGCAGCAACAUCAAUCAUCGAAGAGGAUCUCAAGGGCAUCACAUCUUUCAACCGAAAAGAUCUUGCAAUCCCAGUCUAUAAUACAUACAACGGCGAGGAUCUCCGCACUGCCAAGGGCGAUGAAUCAAUCAUUUCCGAACUUGUUAAUAUGAUCACCAGGCUCCCAGUUCAUUGGGAGGCCGCCACGGUGUUCCCUAAGGCAACCCAUAUCUUGGACUUUGGUCCCGGUGGUAUCUCCGGUCUCGGGGUUCUCACACACCGUAACAAGGAUGGCACUGGUGUCCGAAUAAUCGUUGCCGGAGCAUUUGAGGGAACCAAUAGUGAGGUGGGGUAUAAACCGGAGCUAUUUGAUAGGGAUGACGAGCAUGCUGUAAGAUACGCUGUCAAUUGGCUCGAUCAGCAUGGACCAAGGCUUGUCAAGACUAAGCAAGGCCAAACCUUCGUCGAUACUAAGUUCUCCAGACUUUUGGGAAGAGCACCGGUAAUGGUUGCAGGAAUGACUCCUUGUACCGUCCCGUGGGACUUUGUUGCUGCUACGAUGAAUGCUGGAUACCAGAUCGAGUUGGCUGGUGGUGGAUAUUACAAUGCACGAGGUCUCACCGAAGCAUUGCGCAAGAUCGAAGAGGGUACCACACCAGGUGCUGGUAUCACUGUCAAUUUGAUCUACGUCAACCCGCGUGCUAUGGCCUGGCAAAUACCACUCCUCCAGCAGCUUCGCUCUGAAGGCGUACCGAUCGAAGGUCUCACAAUUGGUGCUGGUGUGCCAUCUAUUGAGGUUGCCAACGAGUACAUUGAACAAAUUGGGCUGAAGCAUAUUUCUUUCAAGCCUGGCUCUAUCGACGCCAUCCAGCAGGUCAUCAACAUUGCCAAAGCGAACCCAACCUUCCCAGUUAUCCUUCAGUGGACUGGUGGCCGUGGCGGUGGACAUCAUUCUUUUGAAGAUUUCCAUCAGCCAAUUCUGCAAAUGUACGGAAGAAUUAGAAAGUGUGAUAACAUCGCACUUGUUGCUGGGUCUGGUUUCGGUGGCGCUGAAGACACAUACCCAUACCUCACCGGAAAGUGGUCCGAGAGGUUCCACUACCCCCCGAUGCCAUUCGACGGUGUUUUGUUCGCCAGUAGAGUAAUGACUGCUAAAGAGGCCCACACUAGUUUGAAUGCUAAGAAAGCGAUUUGUGAAGCCGAAGGGUUGGAUGACAAGGACUGGGAAAAAACCUACAAGGGUCCUGCAGGAGGUGUUAUUACUGUUCUGUCGGAGAUGGGUGAACCUAUUCACAAGCUUGCUACUCGUGGUGUGAAGCUUUGGGCUGAGUUUGAUCGCACUAUUUUCGCUCUCGACAAAGCUAAACGUCUCGUUGAGCUCAAAAAACAACGUGAUUACAUCAUAAAGCGUCUUAAUGCCGACUUUCAGAAGACAUGGUUUGGUCGCAAUACCGCCGGCGAAGCUGUUGACCUUGAGGACAUGACUUAUGCCGAAGUUGUUCGCCGCAUGGUUGAACUCAUGUACGUGAAGCAUGAGUCUCGUUGGAUCGACCCCUCACUGAAGCGUCUCGCUGGUGACUUCAUCCGCCGUGUCGAAGAGCGCUUCACCACCGCCCUAGGCCAACCUUCACUUCUCCAAAACUAUGCGGAUUUGAAUGAUCCUUUCACCACCGUUGAAACCAUUCUUAGCCACUAUCCCGAAGCCAACACACAGCUUAUAAAUGCUCAAGACAUGCAACACUUUUUAUUACUUUGCCAGAGGAUGGGCCAGAAGCCAGUGCCUUUUGUUCCUUCUCUUGACGAGAAUUUCGAAUAUUGGUUCAAGAAAGAUUCUCUUUGGCAGUCUGAGGAUCUCGAAGCGGUUGUAGGACAGGACGUUGGAAGGACUUGUAUUCUUCAGGGUCCCAUGGCUGCAAAGUACUCUACGAUCGUCAACGAACCCAUCAAAGAAAUUUUGGACGGUGUUCACAAUGCCCACAUUGCCUCAUUGACCAAGGAUCUCUACAACGGAGACCAAGCAGCUAUCCCGGUUAUUGAGUAUUUUGGUGGCAGAAAAUUGACGGCAGCUGGAGAUGUUGAGGAGGUGGAUGGGUUGACUAUUUCUUCGGAAGCGAACAAAGUCACUUAUAGGUUAUCCUCUUCGCCAUCACAAGGCGCUCUUCCCGAUGCGGACUCGUGGUUGAAGCUGCUUGCGGGAAACAAACGCUCAUGGAGGCACGCGCUCUUUACCACUGCUGUGUUUGUUCAAGGCAACAAGUACCAAGACAACCCGAUGAAGCGAAUCUUUUCGCCCGCGCAUGGCAUGCUGGUUGAGAUUACCGAUGUUGAUGACUGGGAAAAGACUGUCAUCACUGUCAAAGAACAACACCAAGGCAGUGGACGUUAUGUCAAGACCAUGGAGGUGAAGAUGACAGCUAAGAAGGAAAUUUCCCUUAUCAUGUAUGAGGAGCGAACUGCCCUCGGAAAGUCGGUUGGAUUGCCCAUUUUGCUCGAAUACCACCCAGAGACCGGAUAUGCCCCCAUUCGCGAAGUCAUGGAGGGCAGAAACGACAGAAUCAAAGAGUUCUAUUACCGCCUUUGGUUUGGUGAUGAGAAGGUUCCUUUGGACGCAUCUGUUACCGACGUGUUUGAGGGCGGCCAGAGCACGGUAACCGGACAGGCAAUCGCUGACUUUGUUCAUGCUGUUGGUAACAAUGGUGAGGCUUUUGUGGAGAGACCCGGAAAAACUGUAUAUGCCCCCAUGGACUUUGCGAUUGUCGUCGGAUGGAAGGCUAUCAUCAAGGCUAUCUUCCCAAGAACCAUCGACGGAGACCUCCUUAGACUUGUGCAUUUGUCAAACAGUUUCCGCAUGCUCCCAGGCGCUGAGCCGUUGCAAAAAGACGAUGUUGUCGACACCAAAGCUCAUAUCAACUCCGUCUUGAACCAGCCAUCAGGCAAGAUGGUUGAGGUUUGUGGAACGAUUUCGAGGGGCGGGCGCCCAGUCAUGGAAGUCAUCUCCCAAUUCCUUUACCGUGGUGUUUACACCGACUAUGAAAACACAUUCCAGAGGAAGGUCGAGACCCCCAUGCAGGUGACCUUGACCUCAAGUAAGGAUGUUGCUGUUCUUAAAUCCAAGGAAUGGUUCCAGCUUGAUGAGCCGGAGACUGAACUCCUCAACAAGACUCUCACUUUCCGUCUUUCUAGCUUUAUCCGCUUCAAGAGCGAGAAGGUCUUUAGCUCCGUUGAGACCGUCGGAGAGGUUUUGAUUGAACUUCCUACCAAGGAAAUUAUCCAGGUCGCGUCUGUGGUGUACGAUGCCGGUCAGAGCCACGGAAACCCAGUCAUUGAUUACCUGGAACGUCAUGGAUCAAGUAUCGAACAGCCAGUCAACUUUGAAAACGCCAUCCCUCUCAACGCGGGAACACAGCUUAUCAUCCGUGCUCCUGCGAGCAAUGAGGCCUAUGCAAGAGUUUCUGGAGAUUUCAACCCGAUCCACGUCUCAAGAACCUUCUCCAAAUAUGCUAACCUCAAGGGAACAAUUACCCACGGAAUGUUCUCAUCUGCAGCUGUUCGCUCCCUUGUUGAGACAUGGGCCGCUGAGAAUAAUAUCGGCCGUGUUAGGUCUUUCUCUUGCUCAUUUGUCGGAAUGGUGUUGCCGAAUGACGAUAUCGAGACCAAGUUACACCACAUUGGUAUGGUUAGUGGUAGGAAGAUCAUCAGGGUUGAAACGACCAACAAGGAGACAGAGGAGAAGGUUAUUGUUGGAGAGGCAGAGGUUGAGCAACCGGUAUCAGCAUAUGUCUUCACUGGGCAAGGUUCUCAGGAGCAAGGAAUGGGAAUGGAUCUGUAUGAUUCUUCGCCCGUUGCUAGAGAGGUUUGGCAGCGAGCUGACAAGCACUUUAUGGAUAACUAUGGAUUCUCAAUUACAAACAUCGUCAGGAACAACCCGAAUGAGCUCACUGUUCACUUCGGCGGUCCGCGUGGAAAGGCUAUCAGACAGAACUAUAUGUCAAUGACUUUCGAGAGUGUCAUGGCCGAUGGCUCUACUAAGUCUGAGAAGAUUUUCAAAGAAAUCGAUGAAAACACCACUUCCUACACCUACCGCUCGCCUACCGGUCUCUUGUCCGCCACCCAAUUCACUCAGCCCGCACUUACACUCAUGGAGAAGGCGUCGUUCGAGGACAUGAGAUCCCGAGGUUUGGUUCAGCGUGACUCCGUCUUCGCUGGUCACUCGCUUGGUGAAUACUCUGCACUUGCCGCGCUUGCCGAAGUUAUGCCCAUUGAGUCACUUGUCUCUGUUGUGUUCUACCGUGGUUUGACUAUGCAAGUCGCUGUUGAACGUGACGCUGAGGGAAGGAGUAACUAUUCGAUGGUCGCAGUCAAUCCUAGCAGGAUCUCUAAAACCUUCAACGAGCAAGCUCUUCAAUAUGUUGUUGAUAACAUUGCGGAGGAGACUAAGUGGCUACUGGAAGUUGUCAACUACAACGUUGCCAAUCAGCAGUAUGUUUGCGCUGGAGAUCUCCGCGCCCUUGACUGCCUUACCAAUGUCCUCAACUUCCUUAAGGUCCAGAAAAUUGAUAUCCAAGCUCUCAUGGCCAAAAUGUCACUUGAGAGUGUAAAGGAGAAGUUGGUCGAGAUUAUUCAAGAAUGUGCCAAGCAAACUAAGGCAAAGCCGAAGCCACUCGAACUCCAGCGUGGUCUUGCUACAAUCCCUCUUCGUGGAAUCGAUGUCCCCUUCCACUCGACCUUCUUGCGCAGCGGUGUCAAGCCAUUUAGAAGUUUCUUGAUGAAAAAGAUCCUCAAGAGCUCUAUCGACCCCAGCAAGCUUAUCGGAAAAUACAUUCCAAACGUCACUGCGAAACCAUUUGCCUUGACCAAGGAAUACUUUGAGGAUGUUUACAAGUUGACGAACAGUCCUAGAAUCGGGCAGGUUCUCGCAAACUGGGAUAAAUAUGAGGAUGCCCCGGCUGCUUAA